AACAAACCAGAACAGGAAGGAUGAGCACAUCAAGUUAUUCUCAGACGAUCGAAUAUCUACUCAACACAUACCUAGCAAACGACCAACAACUAUCCGAUCAGAUAGCAAACUCAAUCUGCUCAACAUUCGAUCAAACAACAGCAAUCACAACACCAGCAGAAACAACAACAACAACCGAAAUCAACAGAUGGUUCAACAGGAUCAACUCACUCCUGAUAUCCAAAAACGAAUCACUAAACUCAUUAGGCGCUCGACUGGCCAGACUAACACUCCAAAAAGAUCCGGACUGUCUCACCAAUCAAGGAGCAAGAUGGAUACAAGCAUCCCAGAAUAUCAUUGCACGCCAUCAACCGGUCGAUCACAUCUGUCUAUCACAUCAGAUUCACCUCAUCUUGAACAUCUUCGAAUGGGCAACCAGAUGGCCAGACUUCGCACGCGAGAAUUGUGACCCCAAGGCGAUCAUCACUCUAGCACGUAGUUUGAUAGCAAUCUCAGAAGACCGCAUAGAAGAUCCUAAAAUUCGUUCACUUGGAUUGCGCACUCUAGCGAUCCUGAUUACCCGAUAUGCCUCAAUCAUGCGACCAUUAGCCAGUCAACUACAAACACUAGCCUUAACGAACAUCUUGAACCCAGAGAAGAUCAUAAGUCAGGGUGGCACAAGUCUGUUGACGCAGUUGUACCGAUUGAGUGGGAAGACGGAUGCAUCGACGAGCUGGUCGAAGACGAUCAAGGCGACCAUCGGCACCAUCGAGCUCAUCCUCCACUCACUCCUCUCUCCCUUCCUCAACGAAUCCGACUCGUGUAAUCCUAAUCGAGAUUCACCACUGGCACCACUCGAGAUCCCAGCCCAAGAUCUCAUCUACACUCCAGACUUGACAUCCACACCCGAAAAUGUCAACCUUCCUUCGUACCGGAUCCCCUUGCUACUCAGACGGAUCGACCGACUACUCAGUAUCCUACUCGUCAUGCUCUCUCAAUCUACCGAUCGUCCGGUCUGUGUACCCAUCGGUGAACUGGCCGCCCUCGCUUCUCGACUCUUGCUCAUCGGAAGGGCGCAGACCCAUGAUCGUGCUGAUCAGGCUUGGAAACUCGGAUGGGAAGCCUUGGGAGGUACAGUGACUCUACGAGUGAUGGGCUGUCGACUGAUCUCAAGAUUAGCGGAAUCCCUCACUUUCAGGUUGACACCUUUUACGACUCAGAUCCUUACCAUCCUAGCCUCAGAGAUUGAAUCAAAUAACGACCCUAAAGAGGGACAUAAGACGGCGGAUGUCUCGGUGAUGUAUGGGACCUAUGCACGCAUAAUCUCGUGGAUUCCAUGUAACCCCGAGGUGCUCAAGACGACCCUCGAGCCGGUCAUCAAAGUCUUACUCCGAGACAUACAAUUCAUCUAUGGCUCCCUGCCUCCCUCCUCCUCCUCCUCCGAUCAGUCUCUCCAAUCCUCUUCAAAACAGAGCAAAAAAUCUAGAAAGAAAUCGAAUAGGUUUGCCUCUCAUCCCUCGUGGAACUCUACCCUUCUCAUCGAUCCUUUAGAGUUGAAUGUCGCUGAAAGAGCCUUAGAUACUCUAGAGAUUUUGAUUGGAGCCGUUCCGCAUGGCUUCCCAUCGCCUUAUCUGACACUAUCUGUUCGAACGGUAUUAAGUCUAGCCGUCCAUCCGUCAUUCAUCACGCCAGUACGAGACCAAACGGGCGAGAAAGCAGGGAUCCUUUCCAGCACCACUCGGGCUCGCAGCCCGGCAUUAGGAUACGCAAGUCGGCCGACUCUACGAGCCAAAGUCCUCAGUUGUCUGAUGAAAGCGAUGACGAUACAGCGGACCUCGAGCCAAGAAAUCAUGGGUCUGAACCUAGCCCAAACCUUAUCGGGGGUUUUCCAAGCCCUGUUGAGCGUCCAAGACGGCAGCGCAAGUCGGUUGAUCGAGAUGGCCAGACAAGGUCAGGCCGUGCUUGCCCUCCUCGCCCGGCCCCGUGUCCCGCCUGUCUUCCCCUCCUCCUCUCAUCUCCAUCUCGAAAUCGACCUCGAGCCGGUCCAAGAGGAAAACGACGAAUCCGACUCGUCCGAAGAUGACGACUUGAACCUCCUUCCUCCUCCCCAGCCAUCAGUCGGCCCGCCUCCUCCUGCUCCGGCGCAGCCUCCUCAGACUCAACACUUAUCCCCUGUCGUCCCAUCUAUCUCAGCAACCACUACUCUCCCGUCUGUUGACAAGACGGCUUCCUUACCUACUUGGCAUUCCACCCUCUCCUCUCUUCAUCCUCAGACCCACAACGGUCUCGGUGAUCAGCCUAGCCAAGACCUCGGCAAGAAGCGCAAAUCUCUCGAGGAACCACAGGCCUUCUCCCGUCCACUCAAAAAAACUUUCGAUCAGUCAGUCGCUUUGGAUAUCGAAUCUGACUCUUCCGAUGAUGAUGAUCAUGAUGAUGAUGAUAUUGAAGCGGGGGAUGGCAAGCGGAAGCGGAAGGAGGGCGGGAAGUUGCCUCAAUUGGUCUUCGAUGAUGAUCACGAGGAAGAGGAAGAAGAGAGAUGAGAGGGGCAGAAACUAGAAGCAGAGGAGGAAGAGAGAUACCGGUAGCGCUGAAUGAGACCAAGAUUCUCUCCAAUAAUGGGAUUUUGUCAGGUCCUCUGU